GGCCGCUCUGCUCCCGCCUCCCGGUGCUCCUCACACCAGGUCAGGAGGCGCCAUGGGGCGCUGGGCCUGGGUCCCCAGCCCCUGCCCCCCACCCAGGCUGUCACUGCUGCUGCUGCUGCUGCUGCUGGUGCCUCGCGGGGCUCAGCCCCAGGCUGGCAGGAACCAAACGGAAGCCCCAGCGCAAAAGGCCACAGUGACUCCUGGGACUCCCCUGAUCCCGGUAACCUCGGCGACCCUCAGGCCCCCAGCCACGAGGGCUCCAAAGGCAGAGGGACCCCAUGGUGGGGGGCUUACCCCCCUGCCCAGGGCAGCCCCCUCCAACAGCAGCGCUGGAGGCACAGUGCUCACCGAGGCCGGGCAGCCCUGCAGGUUCCCCUUCCGUUACGGCGGCCGCAUGAUCCACUCCUGCACUUCGGAGGGCAGCGCCCACAGGAAGUGGUGUGCCACGACUCACAACUAUGACCGGGACCGGGCUUGGGGCUACUGCGUGCAGGCCUCCACUCCCUGGGAGGGCCCAGCUGCCCUGGAUCCCUGUGCCUCUGGCCCCUGCCUCAAUGGGGGCUCGUGCUCCAGCACCCAGGACCCUGAGUCAUACCACUGCACCUGCCCCGUGGACUUCGCUGGCAAGGACUGCGGCUCGGAGAAGUGCUUUGAUGAGAGCCGCUACGAGUACCUGGAGGCGGGCGAUCGCUGGGCACGUGUGCACGAGGGCCGAGUGGAACAGUGCGAGUGUGCGGGGGGCCAGGUGCGGUGCCAGGGGACCCGUCACACAGCUUGUCUGAGCAGCCCCUGCCUCAACGGGGGCACCUGCCACCUGAUCGUUGCCACCGGGACCACGGUGUGCGCCUGUCCCCCGGGCCACGCCGGGCGGCUCUGCAACAUCGUGCCUGCCCAGAGCUGCUUCGUGGGGAGCGGGACCGAGUACCGAGGCGUGGCCAGCACAGCGGCCUCAGGCCUCAGCUGCCUGGCCUGGAACUCCGACCUCCUCUACCAGGAGCUGCACGUGGACUCCGUGGGCGCCGCGGCCCUGCUCGGCCUGGGCCCCCACGCCUACUGCCGGAACCCAGACAAGGAUGAGAGGCCCUGGUGCUACGUGGUGAAGGACAGCGCCCUCUCGUGGGAGUACUGCCGCCUGGCCGCUUGUGAGUCCCUUGCCAGAAUUCAGCCCCUGCCUCCUGAGGUCCUGCUGACUCUGCCUGAGCCCACGGCGGCUGGACCAGCUGGACGCCAGAACUGCGGCAAGAGGCACAAGAAGAGAACCUUCCUACGGCCACGCAUCAUCGGUGGGUCAUCCUCGCUGCCGGGCUCCCACCCCUGGCUGGCCGCCAUCUACAUCGGGAACAAUUUCUGCGCAGGGAGCCUUGUCCACACCUGCUGGGUGGUGUCUGCAGCCCACUGCUUCGCCAACAGCCCCCCCAGGGAAAGUGUCUCUGUGGUCCUGGGCCAACACUUCUUCAACCGCACGACGGAUGUGACGCAGACGUUUGCCAUAGUGAAGUACAUCCCGUACCCCCUGUACUCGGUGUUCAACCCCAGUGACCAUGACCUCGUCCUGAUCCGGCUGGAGAAGAAAGGGGAACGCUGUGCCGUCCGCUCCCAGUUUGUCCAGCCCAUCUGCCUGCCUGAGCCGGGGAGUCCCUUCCCUGCUGGGCACAAGUGCCAGAUUGCAGGCUGGGGCCACCAGGAUGAGAACGUGAGCGGCUACUCCAGCUCUCUGCGGGAGGCGCUCGUGCCCUUGGUUGCCGACCACAAGUGCAGCAGCCCAGAGGUGUAUGGGGCCGACAUCAGCCCCAACAUGCUGUGCGCCGGCUACUUCGACUGCAGGUCCGACGCCUGCCAGGGGGACUCAGGCGGGCCCCUGGCCUGCGAGAAGAACGGCGUGGCCCACCUGUACGGUAUCAUCAGCUGGGGGGACGGCUGCGGGCGCCUCAACAAGCCCGGUGUCUACACCCGCGUGGCCAAUUACGUGGACUGGAUCAACGACCGGAUUUGGCCCUCUAAGCGGCCUGCAGAUCCCUCCUGAGGCCCCUGGGGGCUUCCUGCCUCUGUGCUGGUCCCUCCUUCCUGCCAAUAAAGAUGUUUGCAGGCUCCCGGCC